AUGGAUUUAAAGUCAACAUGUCUGGUUGUUGGAGGAUCUGUCUGUUCAUUCAAACUGCUGAACACAAUCCUCAGAUUCCUGCCGACACCAGAGUUGGCACGCAAGAAAUCCUGGCAGUGGAGGAACAUCAGCACUUCUUUAGCUCACAGCUCGCUGAGUGGAGCCUGGGCUGUUUUAUGCUUUUACCUUCAACCUCAGAUGUUGGAGGACCUCAUCUUCCAUCACUCCUUGCUCUCCCACAGUCUUGUAGCUGUGUCGACAGGUUAUUUUAUCUAUGACUGCUUGGACGUGGCCUUGAACCAGCCAUGUAAACAGUCCUGCGAGGUGCUCCUCCACCACGCUGCGGUGCUCUCCUGCUUCAGUUUGGCUUUAACGUCCCGCCUCUAUGUGGGCUACUGUGUGAUAUCUUUGCUGGUUGAGAUCAACUCCGUUUUCCUUCAUAUCAGACAGCUCCUCCUCCACUCGGGACGGAGGAACAGGCAAGGGACGCACAUUAAGGCCCCUCGCCCCUCUGUGACCUACAGCGUGAUCAGCUGGGUCAACCUGGGAACGUUAUUAGUGUUUCGUGUCUGCACGCUGGUUUGGAUGAGCCGCUGGCUGGCUGCUCACAGUGAACGUAUACCUCGCUACGUCCUGAUGAUCGGAACAACGGGCCUGAGCCUCAUCUCCAUCACGAACAUAGUGCUGUUGCACAGACUGCUCAUGGCAGACUUCCUCUCCAGUAGACACAACACCAGCAAGGACCAUGAGAGGAAGCCAGUUUCUCCUGAGUAAAGAAUGACUCAGUUGGUCCAGUUGUCUUCCUCAGGAUGUGGUUGAUCACAAACGUUAUGUGUUUGGAUGUAACUUGUAAUGUUUGUCAUUAUAGUGGAAAGUAGAGAUUAAGCACAAGUUAGCAGAUGUAUUUUGGGGAGUUAGACAUACACAUUGCACAGGGGGACAGGAGGAACCACCGAGUGUAUACUCAGCAGGGGACAGGAGAAACCACCAAGUGUAUACUCAGCAGGGGACAGGAGGUGAACAAAGAACAGUCCUCAGUCGAUUGAUCAGCACAUCUGUGUUUACUGUAAACCAUCAUCUUGUGUGAACAAAGGAAGACUGACCUGGAAGCUCUUCAUGACUUCCUGUCCUUUGAAUUAGGUAUAAAUACUGAGGCUUGGAGAGUUGCUCCUCUGAGCAAC